GGCGCGUCCUUCCGGGAGGGAGGAGGGGCGCCGCUACUCCGGACAUUACGGGCGGCCGCUUGGCUUUUCCCCGCGCCGCCGUCAGCUGACGGGUGCCGGCAACAUGGCGGCCGAGAUCCACUCGCGGCCGCAGAGCAGCCGCCCCGCGCUGCUCAGCAAGAUCGAGGGCCACCAGGAUGCGGUCAGCGCCGCGCUGCUCAUCCCCAAGGAAGACGGUGUCAUCACGGCCGGCGAGGACAGAACAAUUCGAGUAUGGCUGAAGAGGGACAGUGGGCAGUACUGGCCCAGCAUCUACCACACCAUGUCAUCUCCUUGUUCAGCUAUGGCUUAUCAUCAUGACAGUAGACGAAUAUUUGUAGGUCAGGAUAAUGGAGCUAUUAUGGAGUUUCAUAUCUCAGAAGACUUUAAUAAGAUGAAUUUUGUCAAGACCUACCCAGCUCAUCAAAAUCGCGUGUCUGCUGUCACUUUCUGCCUGACAUCAGAGUGGGUUAUCAGUACCGGCCAUGAUAAGUGUGUCAGCUGGAUGUGCACCAGGAGUGGGAGCAUGCUGGGGAGACAUUACUUUACCUCCUGGGCUUCAUGUUUACAAUACGAUUUUGAAACUCAGCAUGCUUUUGUUGGCGAUUACUCUGGACAGGUCACGCUGCUGAAGCUUGAACAGAAUAUCUGCUCAGUUAUAACAACACUUAAAGGGCAUGAAGGAAGCAUUACUUCCUUGUGGUGGGAUCCUGUUCAACGUCUCCUCUUCUCUGGAGCAUCCGAUCACAGCAUUAUCAUGUGGGAUAUUGGUGGAAGAAAAGGACGAACACUGCUGCUUCAAGGCCAUCAUGACAAGGUGCAGGCCAUCUGCUACCUCCAGCUCACACGGCAACUAGUGUCCUGUUCAGCUGAUGGCGGAAUUGCUGUUUGGAAUAUGGAUAUCAGCAGAGAAGAGGCUCCUCAAUGGCUAGAAAGUGAUUCUUGUCAGAAAUGCGAACAGCCUUUCUUCUGGAAUAUAAAGCAGAUGUGGGACACAAAGACACUAGGGUUGAGGCAGCAUCACUGCAGAAAAUGUGGCCAAGCAGUGUGUGGUAAAUGCAGCACCAAGCGGUCCAGCUACCCAAUCAUGGGCUUUGAAUUCCAGGUCCGUGUCUGUGACUCUUGUUUUGAAUCCAUCAAGGAUGAAGAUCGUGCUUCCUUGGCAACCUUUCAUGAAGGAAAACACAACAUUUCCCACAUGUCCAUGGACAUCUCUAGAGGCCUAAUGGUGACCUGUGGGAGUGAUCGAGUUGUGAAGAUAUGGGACAUGACACCAGUAGUUGGUUGCAGCCUUGCAACUGGCUUCUCAUCACGCUGAUGUGGGACCUAACUGAUUUAUGCACCUUAUGUACAGCACCAUGCACCGAAUGAAUGAAAUCCCUCCUAAGAUUAUUGCCACAAAACACUGGUUGCUUGAUCUUCUGCUGCUCUUCCAGGAUGGACAGUCACUGUUGUACAGCACAGCUGUACUGGACUUGACAGGAAUCACCUUGAUUAUAGAAAUGCAGUUUUGCAGCCUGUUAGAUGAUCGGGGUGGGGGGGAAAUGGCUUCACCUGCAACAUGACACCAUGAUGCAAGGACCUGGUUUACAUGUGUCAACAAUGUGCUCUGUCUGCUGAUAACUCUUUAGCUACUGUACAGGACUUAUCAGAAUAAAAUGGGUUUAGUGCUCUCAAAUUUGUGCAAGUAGUAAAUAACUUAUUCUCACUUCCAGUAAGCAGUCUCUUUGGAACUACUUGUCUGGUGCAUAGUCACUGUCUAGAUUGCCUCCAAAGGGCAGAUUUGGUUAACUUUUUGGAAGGAGGAAAUAUAUCUUUCUUUUAAGCUGCAUUUGAUUAACAGGGUAGACAUUCCCAUAGAGGCAGCACUGGAAGUAACUGUUUUGAUUUGUAGGAAAUCUUAUCCACUAGCUGGCUUGGAGUGUUGUCUGCAAGUUCAGUUAUGUUAAAACUCAUUUUUGUAAGGCAUCUGUUCUGUUCAGAUAGCUUGCAACUGUCUGCAAAUAAUCCCAGGCUCUUAGACAUGCUCAAGUUAUAUUUAGACCCUUUUUUGGCUAAUGUGUAUACUUUUAAAACUCUUCUAUAGUAGAAAAAAGCUGCAUGUGCUCACAAAUAGUGAGAGCAGCCCAUGAUAUGCCUCAAACCAUAUGCAGAGUACAGAUUUAUUACAGUACAGUACUGUUCCAAUGGAGAACCAUACAGACCUUUCUUUGAGUGUAAUGUUAAAAAAAAUAGUCCCCUAUAUAAUUCUAAUGGAUUAGACCUUUCUGUUUGAAGAAAGGUUGAUAGUUCAUUCCUUUAUCAUGAAGGAACUGUCUGCAGUUGAAGUGUAGCAUUAAUUUGAAUACUAUCUUGGUUUUGCUUUAAAAUUGACAUUUUAACCUUGCUGAAAUAUUAUUUUCUAAAGCAAUAGUUUACCAAGGUACCGAAUAUUUCCUGGGAAUAGUUGCCCUCCACUGCACCUCGGGUCUAAUACUAGGAAAUGUUGUCCGUAGUACUGGUCCUUGUCUCCGCUAACCUGAGAACAGUGGUAAAAACUGGCACUUCUGUGGGUGGUGCAUUUGCAGGGAACGUCUAGAUAAAUAUAGUUGUGAUCCAUUGGUCUGUCAGUUAUAAACUGCCUACAUUCCAUAAAUAUUUGUGUAAUACCGUAAAGUUAUUGGCUUACAAGGGCAUAUUAAGUAGCAUAAACAAACUCUCUUUUUAAGUUUUUCAGCUUUAUCAUGAUAGUGCAUGGUGCUUUAUCAUGUGCUUUAUCAUGAUGGUGCAUGACCAAGUGGUGCUAUGGAUAUUAGAAAACUAAAAUUUAUUGUCAUAUAUCUUGAUAGGUGGUGAUGAUUGCAUUUGGUAACAUACUGCAGUUAGUGAUUUGUGAUGUAUUAUCAAACCCUGAUCUUAACAAUGGACAUCUGUUAUCUAAAAGUAAGCUUAAUCGGGUAUCCAGUGAGGCACUAAAAUCACAUUAUCAAAUUUUAGCACUGGUCCUCUUCCUUUAAAAGUGGCUUUGUCUAACUCCUUGUAUAGACCCUCUUUAAAAAUACUUUUAUAAGGAGAACUUGCUGGACUUCCUAUUGCCUCAGACUUUGCAUCCCAGCUUGCCUACUUUUUUUAAAUAUUGCCCUUUCUAAUUCUUAAUGUAAAAGAAUAAGUAGCAAGUGAGGUGUUUUUUGUUUUGUUUUGUUUUUUUGCCCAGUUCGUAUUGAGAGAGAUACUAGAGAAACAAGUAUGUCUUUUUCCAAAGCUAUUGAUAUCCUUUUUGCCAGAAAGCGCACAAAUCUCCAAUUCAUAACUCCUUUAGAUCAUGAUACACUAGGAAGGGAACAAAUGUUUAGAAUGGAUGAAAAGAUAUUUAUUUCAAACGUUUUUGCUCUUCACCUGUUUGUGUCCCAUCUGUGUGGUUUGCUAGCAAAGCAUAGAUGUAGCACUUGUGAAAACAUUCUUCUCUGUGCUAUGUGCAAAAGAAACCAGAGGGUGUGUUUUGUAGUGAGAAAAUCAGAUUUGGUCCAGUCUUGACUGCCACAAAAGAGAAGGAAUAUUUUGUGAGCCACAGUAUAAUCUGUUCCUCAGGGCCUUUUGCAGGGAAACCCUGGUUUCUCUUUAAUAGCUACAAUAUCCCAAAGCAGAAGUCAAGAACUUUAGGACUAAAUGCCAGUUGAUCAGCAGUAUGGUGUUCUUAAAGUGGCCUAUGUUUCAGGGAUAAUCUUUACCAGGAGGUAAAGAGCUAGCACCACCUAGCUUCAGCUGCUUCAGUUCUCUUAUGCAGAUCACACUGGUAUUCUAGCUGUCCAGUCUUUUCGCUUUUUUUAUGAACAAGUUCUUCCAUUUUGACAAUCACUUUUUUUUCCCCCAGUCUUACUUCAAGGUUUUACCAGUAGAUCACAUAUUAAAUCUAGUUCAUAAUUAAUCCUAAAGAAUUAUAUUUUCUAUGAUAUGCAUUGAAAUAAGAAUUAUAGAGUCACUUGGAUACAACAAGGUAAUUAGAGCUGACAGGACAUCUGUUGAUCACUUAAAAUUAAACCUUGAGUAAUUUGUACAACCCACUUGAAGUGUACAUGUCUUGCUUUAAUUUAAAAAGGCACAUACUGUAUCUUGUGCAAUUUUAACACAUAGUAACUAUCCCAGUGAAUCAAAAUGUGCAAUUGAGGACAUUUGAUUUGAAGUAUUACCAAUAUCUUUUUUUUGUUUUUUUGUGUGACCUUUUUAAUAGAGUAAGGGGGUCCUAGUUUAUGUAUCUUUGUUUCAUUACUAGUUAUUUCUGUACCCUGCAUAGGUAGAAGAACUAAUUUGUUCCUUGCUCCCUCUCCUCUGUCUCUUUUUUUUUUUUUUUUAACUUUUGAAUAAAUGUAUAAUAAAAUAUUUCUUGAUAUUCA